UCCGAGCGCGCGCGCUACCAGCCGUGGGUCUGCCGACGGCCAUAGUACGCCCUGGGUGCCAGAUGGUGUUCAUUCUGCGAGAGAGCUUGCAGCGGAGAGCGGGCUGAGUGUUGAGGAAAGAACACAUUGUUGCCCUGUAACUCAUCAAGGUCAGCAUUAAAUGCGUGUUUAAUGGCAGAGUGGAGCUUGUUUGAUUUGGAAAAGAUUGCAGUCGUCAAAGUGUGAGACACUCAGCUGCUGACUCUUUUUAGCAGAUAACAGAGUUAAGGAAACAACUCAAGUUCAUUUGAGAAUCUACUUUCUGGAUUUGAAGAAUCUUUUCUUCACACAAGAGGGCUUGUGUUUGAAUUAAAUGGCUGAUAAACAAAUCAGUUUACCUGCCAAGCUGAUCAACGGAGGCAUUGCAGGAUUAAUUGGUGUCACCUGUGUAUUCCCAAUAGACUUAGCAAAAACACGGCUUCAAAACCAGCAAAAUGGCCAGCGGAUGUACUCUAGCAUGUCUGACUGCCUUAUUAAGACAAUCCGAUCCGAUGGCUAUUUUGGGAUGUAUAGGGGAGCUGCUGUCAAUCUUACUUUAGUCACACCUGAAAAGGCCAUAAAGCUUGCUGCAAAUGAUUUCUUCCGUCACAUGCUUUCCAAGGAUGGAAAGCAGUUAACCUUGAUCAAGGAGAUGCUGGCUGGUUGUGGUGCUGGGACCUGUCAAGUUAUUGUGACUACCCCUAUGGAGAUGCUGAAGAUCCAGCUGCAGGAUGCAGGACGUCUUGCAGCCCAACAGAAGCUAAUGACAGCCCAGUCAGCAAUGAGCUCCCCCAUGGAGAGCACCAUCUCCAGUGCGAGUCAAGCUACCUCCACCAUCAAAUCCCCACAGACUGCUACACAGAUCACCAAAGAGCUGCUGAGGAGCAAGGGAGUUGCUGGUCUUUACAAAGGCUUAGGUGCAACAUUGCUAAGGGAUGUUCCUUUCUCCAUCGUCUAUUUCCCACUCUUCGCUAACCUUAACAAGCUGGGACAGAAGAGCCCAGAUGAGAGAGCUCCAUUUUAUGUAUCCUUCAUCAGUGGUUGUAUUGCAGGCAGCACAGCUGCUGUGGCAGUGAAUCCUUGCGAUGUAAUAAAGACAAGACUUCAAUCUCUUCAAAGAGGAGUGAAUGAAGACACAUACUCAGGGAUAGUAGACUGUACCAGGAAAAUCUGGAGGAAUGAAGGAGCAAGAGCUUUCCUGAAGGGAGCUUACUGCAGAGCCCUAGUCAUUGCACCUCUCUUCGGCAUUGCACAAGUUGUUUACUUCCUGGGAAUAGCAGAGACCAUGUUAGAGAUGCUUCCACGUAGACGAGAUUAACCUAUGGAACACCUUUGCAAGACAUCUAGCCUGGUUUCACAGGAUUGAGUAUGUCGUUCAAAGAGCACAGUUUUUGGAGUCUAACAAAUUACCAUCUUCCUGCUUUUUGCCUUUAAUCCUUCCAUCGUUGCAAAAAUGAAGCUUUAUUCUGCUUCUCCCAGUCAUACCUAAAGACCAACAGUAUUUUUUUUUGUUUCUAUUUAAAUUGUUAAAACUAGGAAAGAAAAAGUGUUUGUGAUAAGUCAGCACCAGAUAGUAUAAGAAUUGCUGUAAUUUGUAACUCUUAAACUGGUCAGUACUGAUCUGACAGUAAUGUUUCUAAAGGGAUCAUCUCCGCACGUAGAAGAAGGACCCCUCAUAUCCAAUCACUUAAGGUAUUCAAGGAACAAUAGGGGGGCUUGAAUGGAGUUUCAACAGCAGAAUAUUGGUUAACUGGCUUGUUAAUGCUAGCUUCUUUUGGUGUCUGUGCGCAGGUGCUGGGUAACUAUUUUUACAGAACAAAAAUGUCAUAUAAAGUCUGCCGUUAAUGGCGCUGCCUUCAGUGUGUUGUUGGAAUAACAGUUAGUUGGUCUUUUGACAUUUUUGGGGGGUGAAACUCGACUUGGGCAGGUAAAUAAUUAGGCAGUCUUGUAUUGACAUCUUAUCCUGUUCUAUCGAUAUCAAUGGAAUUGGAUACGGGCAAGGCAUUUAGUGGCCGAAAUGACAUGAUAGUACCUGCCUGCUGUGGCCUACCCAAGGCGAGUUUUGCCUCCCCACCUCACCGGGUGUGUGGGUAUUCACGGAUUUGAAUCCAAGCAAAUUGGAAAUGCAGUCGGGUGUCAAGAAAGUCUACAUGCGUGCCAAGCAAAAUGUGGAGUGAAUCGUACUCAGUGACUGGUGGCAGUGAACUUGCAUUGGUUUGUAUGAGCCGGGCCAUCUGGGAAGGUGCAGGCAGAAUAUGUGCUGAUUAAUUUGAAAUUACCCUUGAUCACUUUUGCGCUUGGCUGCUGAGUUGUACUGAGUGCAGUGCAGGCUACCUCUGUUGAAGCUGCACAAAGAGUUGAUGAUGUGGUGCAGUGACAUAAUUUGACCCCAGUACAAUCUUAUUGCAGGCAUGCAAAGGCUAUCUUUGGUGACCCUGUUUGGCCGACUGGUCGUUCCCCUUUUAUUUCAUCCCCAAAAAAAUACGCAGAAUCAUUGAGACUGCUGUACAUGGCUUGUGAGUACCUGUCACAUCUGGUAUUACUUUAACUUGCCUAUGUUAUCAGAGCAAGCACCUACUUUCGAUUCAACAUUAGAAUCCAUAAGUCAAAUACAGAAUACAGGAUACAGUAUCUGGUUUACAGGCAACUGUAUUGUUGUUAGAAGUAAUUAGGAAAUGACCACAAAAACGCUUUUAACAUUGUAUAGAAACCUGCAUGCUAUGGUCUUCAUUCACAUUUCUAACUUGGUAAUAAAACUGCUCCAUGUUGACCAUGUCUGCCCAGCAGCCACCGGUAGACCAUUCGUGUGUGUUAUGGUUUAAAUGUUUUCUCCAUUGCAACCUUUAUUUAGAAAGAAAAAACCUCUUUGUCACGGCUCAAAGGGACAUUGUGCAAAUGUUUCUGAGGUCUACCACUUUACGUUACUCAAAUCCUGGCUAUACCAUGGUAGUGAUUCUAGGGUUUAAGCAGAUAAGAAACUGCUGAAACUUUGUUCUCAAGGGUUUUGUCAUGUUUGAAAUAGUGCCUGGCAAUCUACUGCUUUGACAUCUGAUCUCUUUCAUCUGCUGAGCCUUCAGCCAGCUCAUUUGUUUAAAAUUACGCUGCUGUACAGUGCAAUGAGAGAAGAGGUUUCUUGAUAUAUGUAUUGUCAUUCGCACUGCUUGUAGUCAAUAGAAAGAAGAUUCACGGGUACAAUACACAUAGGUUUAGUAUGGGAAAAUCUUUUUCUUUUCCUUAAAAGAAGAGUAGUAUUUUUAUAAAGAAGACAAUUUCUUCAAAUCAGUAAACACCAAAUCCUUUCAGAGCGAUGGCUUUAAAAUCCAUGUUGCGAUCCCUUUAGAAUCAUGAAGGUAAAGUUCUGCGUUUUUUUAAACUGCAUUACUACUUAUGCCUAGAUUUUAUCAGUAUUACUUGAUCUCAUAUGCCCAUGGCUUGAGGAUUAUAGUCCCUGUCUUUUUUGGAGGUGCUGUGUUUUAACUGUGUUUCAGUUACCAAUGAAAUUGUAUACUUAUAGGCUGUUCAAGGAUUUGAGGUCAGUGUUUGAUUGUUUGGAAGUAUUGAGCACACUUGAGAUAAGGACCAUUAAAUCCACUAAAGGAUUUCUGCCAUUUUUGAGCUUAAAGGCUGAAGGUCUUCCCAUAUGCCUGACACAGAUAAAAGGAAAAUCUGUGGGAGGACCGGACAGUGCAAAAAAUAACACUGCUGCCUCAUACCAGGGGGUGAGAGUUUAAAUCUGGUUUACGUAUCUCUGGUUUUUAAGGGCCCAAUGCAAAAUGAGUUUGGGUCGCCUCUAAAAACUGCUGUUUAUUGAUGCUAAACUGCCAAUCUCACCAAGAUUCGAAGGGCUGUCUGAUACAGGAAGUGGGGCAACCUUAUGCUGGUCCAAUAGGGAGCCCUUUUCACAGAUUAUUACUGCGCAUACGUAAUGAUAUAUUUCAUGUCUUGCCCGCAUGUUUCACCUCAAUAAACAAGAAAAACCUGGACAUUGAAAGUUUCCCUCCAAGGAAUUCAGAUUAAGUUAAUCAGAUUCUGAUUGAAAUAUUUUUUGGACUCCACUAUGAAAUUCCAUGACAAUGAAGCACUCCAAAAAGCCCCAUGGUACUUCCAGACUAAGACACUGGUGUGUAUUAAGAAUUAUUGGACAAACUUUACCCAGUGCGGCAUUCUGGAUUAUAACAGAUCAUGUGUUUACUCCACAAGCCAGUCUCUCAAUUAAAUGCUAGAACUUUUGCUUUACCUUAAUUCCUGCUUGGGAGCAGUUAGAUAUUAUGGACCUCAUAGCUGACCUGAGAAUCCACUGAAUAAAUUAUAAUUGCUGGAGAUCUAAAUGUUCUUUAGGAUUUCCAAUUUGAGUCCUAAGGAGAGUAUGGAAGAGAAGCUGAUUCAUGUGUCACAGGCCCUGUUGUGUGCUAUUCCUUGCUAUGAUUUUUAAUGUAGUCCACAUAUUUGUAUCCUGAGCUCUGUCACUCCCUUAAUUUCCUUUCGCCUGGAAGGCUGAUGAGUAUACUCUGCACUUCUGGACCUCUCCAUUAGGCAGGUUCACAUAUCUAACACUAAGAAUGAAUAAAUCAUACAUAUAUACAUAAACAUUUCGCUCACCUAAACCUCAACCAAGGUUAAUUAGAUCUUAAGCAUCAGCUCUUUCACUGAGGAUCGUGGUCUUUUCUGAGAACUGCAGGAUGAAUUUGUGGCUGUUGCUUCACUUUGCAUCAAAACUGGUGAGUGAUAUAGUACACAACUAGUUCUUGCAUUUCUGUGUACCUGUGUCCUUGUUUUGUAAAGUAGUAACUGGUGGGAACAAUCCAUAAUUUUAUUUUUGAACUAGAAUUCUUUUUUAGAUCAGUUCCUUUAUUAAUUGCUCAUUAUUUUUGUUACCACUGUAAUAAUGCAAAUUGGAAUAUCACAAGUGUAAAAUGUUGCUAAUUUAAAUAACUUUAUACCUCAUAUUCUGAGCUUCUUAAGAAUUAUUGCUAGAUUUAUUUGGAAAAUACAGUAUUUCCUAAAGUGUUGUUUUACAUAAAGCUAUUGGUUAUUGUUAGAUUAUUACAUUUUUUUGGUUCAUCCUUCAUUUUGAAAGGAAAGCACAUUUGUUGGGAUUGGUUUGGGUCCGCACUAAAGUUAGUUAAUUGAUGUUUUGCUGAAUUCAUUAUCUGGAGGUUCGUUGGAUAAGUGAGUCAAGGUUUAGGGCCCAUCCGCUUUCAGAUAGCAACAAUUUUAUAUCUCAAAAGCUCUGCUAAUAGUACCAGUGAUAGAAAUGAUUCUGGAGGUUUGCAUUGUUGAGUAGAUGAGGCCAAUUUCCUUAGAGUUUGGAAGGUAAAGACGUGAACUCAUUAAAACCUAUAAAAAUCUUGAGGAGCUUGCCAGAAUAAGUGCUGUGAGAAUGUUUCUUCUGACAAAGUGGUCUAAAGCAUCGCAGUAUGAGAUUGAAGGAGCCAGCUACUUGUGACUGAGAUGAGACAUUUCAUCAUUGAGUUGUGAUUUUUUUUUAGCCUUUUCUACCCUAGAUUCUCAGUCACUGAUUAUAUUCAAGUCCAACAUUAAUAGGUUUUGAACACUAACGAAAUUGAGGAACGUGCACAUAGUGCAGUUUGUUCAGGCAGAAGUUCAGCCAUGAUCUUAUUGAGUGAUGAAACAGGCUUGUAGAACUGAAUGGCCCAUUGCUGCUCCUAUUUCUAAUGGGAACUGAAUUCUAAAUGUGAUAUUGGAGUUUGCUUGGCAUUGUCCCAGAGAUAUGGUUUGUUCUUAUCCAUUUAUCCAUUAUAGUAUGUAAUGUUGAGCAGCGAAUCUAAACUGUGAGCAUCAAUGCCAAUCAGAUUGAUUACCAGCGCAGAAAUGAGUCACUUGGCUCCAUUGAUCAAUGUCAGUGUUGGUCCUCCAUCUAAGUCUCAAUUGACCUCUUCUCAGCAUCUUGCUCAAUCCCCUUGAUUUCCUGGAUGCAACAAGACUCUCCUAGAUAUAGCAAUGUCUUCCAACCACUCCAUAUAACAGAGAGUUCCAUCCUCUUCACUCUUGAGUUGAGUCAUACCUUCUAAAUUCAUCACUUGACAUAUUGGUAGCUGAUUUGCACUGAUGGCUCAUUGCUCUGGAUUGAAUUUUUGUUAGUCACAGGAUAUGUGCUUACGGCCAACAGCAUUGCCAUGUAGGGCACCAGCAACAUGCAUGCAGAUUAGUUGCAGGGCUGUUUUGUGUGUGGUGUGGGGAUCGGUGGGAAGAUUUGAAACUAGCCCCCUACAAUUCAGAGUAAAGGCCAAAAUGCUGGAAGAUUCUGACCUGGGACAGUUAGACUUUGUGAAAGUUUUGGCUUGUGAUUGUGCAGCAAGCUCACAAUGCAGUGGGCACAUUAAGAACAUCAACAACACUGUUCAUGUAUGUAUCAAUAGGGUGGAUACCAAUUUUCCAUUCCAGUCAACUAUCAAUCAGGCCAGUGCCACUUACGAUGUUGCAGUGGCAGGUGUUAGUCUAUAUCCACAAAGAACAUGACAAUUUUUUUCUCUGAAGAAGAAUGCUGUUUCAAGCCCAACUUUUAUUUAUUUUAGCUCCCACAAUGUCAUAGUAUUUUUGUAUUUCCAUUAUGUAUUUGAAACACCCAAAGUUUACCCUGAUCAUAGAUCCUUCCACCUAUUGUCAUUUCAGUGCCACCCUUAAUUUGUCUAUGCUACAUCACGAUCUACAGAGUGAGAGUGGUUUCACCUUCCAGUGAACUGCAGGAUCAGGGCAAGUGCAGAGCACACUUCCAUGCCUAACUCUGGGGCACAGGAUACUUGAACCCCAAGCUACUCUCAGUAACGGGUGACUCUAACGGUUGACCAUAACGGUUAUCGUCAAAUACUUUUAAAAAACAAUCUAAGUUCACUAAUAUAAUAAAAUGUGAGGCUGGAUGAACGCAGCAGGCCCAGCAGCAUCUCAGGAGCAAAUCCAGCAUCUGCAGUUCCCAUUAUCACUAAGUUCACUAAUGCCUUUUAGGGAAGGAAACCUACUGUCCUUCUCCAGUCUGGUUUAAUUUUGACUUCUGCCCCACAACAGUUUGUUGAACCAAAGUUGCCCUCUGUAAUGGCCUAGGAAGCCACUCCAUUCCAGGACACUUGGGGAUGAGUGACAGAAACAGAUUUUGCUGGCCACGUUUGGGUUGCGUGGGAGAACUGUUAACUUUUAAAAUAUUUUAAAGUUUUUAAACUUUAUUCCAUCUGUUCCCACCAGGCAAGACGGGAUGUGUCACUUUUUCAGCGUAUGUGCACCUUGCCAUUUUGCACAGUCGCUGGUCAGUAGCACUCAUGCUCUCUUUUUCUCCAAUUAAUUGAUUGAAACAAGUAGGGCUGCACUGCUGCUCCAAAGAACCGGGGGCCUGGGUUCGAUUCCAGAGUUUGCACAUUCUCCCUGUGUCUGCAUGCAUUUCCUCCCACAGUCCAAAGAUGUACAGAUUAGGUGGAUUGGAUUUAGUAAAUUGUCCUGUAGUAUCAAGGAAAGUGCAGGCUGGGGGGGGGAUUAGCCAUGGGAGAUGUGCGCUUACCGAAAUACAAUGGGUGCUGUUUGGAUGGUUAUCAGAGGAUGGUAUGCAUUUGAAGCCUAAAAAAUUCUGCUCUGCCUAAUUUACACUAAUACCUUGAAGUGCAACAAUAAAAGCAUCAAAAACCUUAAACAAAUCACUACAUGUAUUAGCAGCAAGGAUUCCGAUGCAUCUACAGUUGAGGAGCUCUCCAAGAGAAAAUGCUGAGUGAUAUCCUUUGCCUUAAACUGACACAGAUUUUGUUUUAAUUCUGAAAUUAUAGUUAGUAUUAUUUCGCUUCUGGUGGGACCAGACCUCAUUGGUCCUGCACUCCCAAGGGUGUCACACAAGUGACCAGUGUCUUUCUGACACUGCUAUCUAAAUUCUGGUUCCAGAACAUUAUUUUAUCAGAUGUUGAAUUGUCCUGUGAUAAUUGAUAGGAAAACACAAGCUCACUGAGAACUGCAGGAGAUGGACAAAUAGUUCAUACGCUAUGUCCCUUCUAAGCUGCAUGGCCACACACCAGCUGGGACACUCUAUGCACGUCGAUUGGUGUGUUGAUGAACAGUUUCUGCUUUCUGAAGCCCUUGCCAUGCAUGGUCCUCAGAGGUCCGCACGUCAGCAAAAAAACCCCAAAGGGAACAUAGGUCAUGAGUGGUCUUUAAAUUACAUCACUAUGGUCCCAACCUGUCAAUUUAUUUCCCACCCUGAAUUUAUCCUUGAGAGCUGCCUUCCUGAAUAUAUUGGCUUGUGAGCAAGGUUCAGAAUCAACUACAACGAUGUACCAUAUCGGCAAUUACAUAUCGCAUUGGAAUCACGUAUAGGCCAGACCAGAUAAAAAUGACAAAGUUCCUCCCUUAAAGAUACUAGUGAAGCAAGUUUAUUUUUACAACAAUCCAGUUGUCUCAAGGUAACUGUUACUGAUGCUAACUUUUUAUUCCAGAUUUAUUUAAUCAAUACAUCAAAUGGAGCAUCAUUUUUGCAGCCCUACAGUUUUUGUGUCCAAAUUCUGCUGCAUCUUGUUGUAUCCAGAAGAAUGAACACUUUUGAAUUGUAUGCAAAUUUAAAUUGGUUAGUGUUUCAUUAGGUCCAGUGUUUGUAUUUUCUCAUUUUGCCCAUUUGCCCAUGAACAAGCAGGUAGUCUGAGAGUUAGGUCUGGAUUUUCUUUAUUCAUUAACAGGAUGAGGGAGUCGCUGACCAGGCAGUAUUUAUUGCCCAUCCCUAAUUGCCCAGAGGAAGUUAAGAGUAAACCACAUUGCUGUGGCUCUGGACUCUCACGUAGGCCAGACCAGGUAAGGGUGCCGGUUCUAUGCCUAAAGGACAUUGUUGAACCAGAUGGGUUAUUCCAAUAAUUGACAAUGGAUUCAUGGUCACCAUUUGAUUUUUAAGUCCAGAUAUUUUGUUUUAUUGCUGUGACAGGAUUCUAACCCAGGUCCCCAGAAUGUUAUCUGCGUCUCUGGAUUAACAGUCCAAUGAUAAUGCCACUAGGCCAUCAACUCCCCAUAGGUCUGGAUUCAUAACACUGGUUUUCAGGACUCCUUGUCAUAAUUAGUGAGUUUCCUGUUUCCUUUGUUGCUUACUGAAUUUAUGUGGAGGAGCGAGCAUGGUCUAAAAUGGGCCACUUUAGUUCCUUUGAUAACAAGGUGUGGAGCUGAUGAACACAGCAGGCCAAGCAACAUCUUAGGAGCAGGAAAGCUGACUUUUUGGGCCUAGACCCUUCAUCAGAAAAGCUAGGCCUGAAACUUUCCUGUCAGCUUUCCUGCUCCUAAGAUGCUGCUUGGCCUGCUGUGUUCGUCCAACUCCACACCUUGUUAUCGCGGAUUCUCCAGCAAUUCCUAUUAUCUCUGAUACAGUUUAGUUCCUUUAUUGAGUUGGUACUGUUUGACAACAAAAAAAAUUGUUGAGCAAUAGCUGAUAAUUUAUUAUUGAAUGCUUUGAUAACUGAAGAGUUAAACUCAAGUUGGAUGAACUGAGCUUAUAUAAAUAUUAACCACAAUAACAGUUCAAAAUCUGAUAAUUGUAAGUCACAGUACCUGUGUUGUCUUGGAUUUGUGAAGUUUGAAUGGAACUGAGAGAAUCUUGCAGAUGAUGGGACUACUGUUGGGACAAAGUUGUAAAACUGAUCUUACGGCACACAUCAGGAACUGGAUCAAAUUUAGGUGAAGUGGAUCAAUUUUAAAUGUUGUGUUGUCUGAGAAAUGAAUGUGUUUCAGACUUGUAGCUGUUGUCGACACUUGUGAUAUUGGCUUGAGUUUGUUCCUCACUAUAGUUGUAUGAAAAUAAAUCAUGUACUUUUGUCGGUAAAGUGUCAUUUGCUUAAUGCUUAUACAAAGUACUGUGUGAUUUCUAUGCUAGUGCACUUGGUAUCAUGAAAAAUGAAUGUAAUUAAGAACCCAAUCAGAUCUUGUUUCAUCAGAAAAUUUCAUUUGUUGCAAUCCUCUGUAAUUUAUGCAAUAUCUUUGAACUGAACUAGCAGCAUUUGCAAAGUGAGCUUAGUGAUAUACGUGUUGGCGUUAAUAUUUUUGUUGGGGAGAGUCGUCUGGGGCAAGUAUGAUGACUCACUACUUAUAUAUAUGUUUUACAUGCAGCAGCCACUAGCCCAUUAAAAGUCGUCCUUGGUGAUUAUUUUCAGACACAAUUUUGUUUUUCUGUUGCAGCAUGGAGAACACACUCAGCGUCUGUGUGAGAAACAUGUUUGCAUGCAUGUUAUCUGUAGUGAAACUCCAGUGUAGUAGUGCAGGAGUGUUACCUGUACAUUGUUUUGGAUGCAAUAUUAACCUGGGGCAUCACGCCCCAGCAACCUGCGUUGCCUGUAACAUAGUGUUUUUAUUCACUGUUUAAAAUCUCCCCUUGGUAUUUAAAGACGCUGUGUGACUAACACCACCAAGAGAAAGCAAACUAAUGGCUUGUUUGCCAUCCUGUGAUUUUGUGGGUGGGGUGGGUGGGGUGGUGCUGCAGAAUUACAUAUUAAGUCUUUUUGCAAAGUGUAAUGAUUUGGGGAAGCAAUUUGUGAUGUUUGAAUUACAUGCUAAGGUGCUAUACCAAUGCAUGUCUGUCUUUUUCUCACUUUGUAAAUUUUCUUCUGGACUGCUCCCAAAUGAUUCACUAAGAAAAGGACAGUACAUCAUGAAUGCAGUGGGAGGGGAAUGGAGGGACCUCCAUCAUACUCCAUUAGUUGACAGUAAUGGGAUUGUGUUAAAUGAGCAAAACUAUUAUCUUUAAAUAAUCAGAAUAUUUAACCUGAAUUUAGACAAAUUUUAAAAGAGCAAUUGUUUUUAAACAAAGAAGUUCAAGGUGCGAAUUUAUUGACAGUUUAUUAUUAUUCUGGCGAGGGCAAUACCCUGUUGUAUUUUAGCAUGGGCUUAAGAACCUAGCAGGUUGGGAGUGAGGCAGUUAUUUACAAAGCAGCCUCUAAGUUUGAAGGUUCACUCUAGAUUAAAUUAACUAAUGUAAAAUAUGCAACAUUUUAGCAUUGGUUUUAUAUGUUUAAACAUUAGGGAAUAAAGUAAAAUUCAGACAUUUAUUGCUGAACACAACUUGAAAUCAAGUUCUGAACGUAAUGUCAUACUUUCAAAGAUUCAAGAUUCCUUGUUUUUCUGUUCAAAAUCCUGAACCAAGGGUUUUUUUUUAAAAGAAAUUCUUAAAAUAUUCAGCAAAUGGAUGAUCUAGCAGAUGAUCUUGUGAUUCCACAAAGAGCAAAAAGGUAAAUUAAUGAAUGACAUAAUCACAGGAAACAGUCAGAUUGGUGGUUUGGAAGAGGACUGCAUUAGGCAGUCCUGGGGUAUAAUCAAAGUCUGAUCCUAUGGCCAUUGUAACUUGAAGUACUUGUCAUGAGUUCUGAAAAAGUUUGACACUGACAGUUUAGAUUGAAAGCUUAUUUCAAAAUUGAAUUAGUAGAUAAUAUUUGAAGAAAGGUUAAUCGAGGAUAUUUAACAAUCCUGCAUCACUAAACACUAGCUCCUUAAUGAUGUAUAAAUGUGUGCAAUUUGUAAUUGUUUAUUUUAAAAUGUAAUGGAAAUAUGUGCUGAACAAUGUGUGCAAGGAUAUGGUUAAAAAUAUAUUUUUAUGUAUUUGCCCACUAUUGCAGAAUAAUGGUAAUAAUCCCCUGCAAAUCAUGGGUUUGCCAUGUUUUAAUUCCUGCUGUUAUGGUAAGACCUUUCCUUAAUUAGCGUUUUCAAAGAAUUUAGAGCUCACUUAUUCUUGUGCUUAUUGUUCUGAGCAGCACGUGCUCCCUCAACUAGAUUUUUUAAAAAUAAAUGGAUGCUUAAAAUAAUGGUAUUUUCUGAAGUCUAUGAAAAUGUGAAAUCUUUUCCUCAACAGUGGGUUGUUUAAAUGCAAUUUUAAUUAAUUUCCAAAGUUCACCUGCUGUGAUGUGCAAAAUAUUGUGAGUUGCUGUUAUGUGAGGUGAAGCCUGGUACACGGCAUUCAGUAGCUGCUGCAUAAUGGCACUGUUUAAAUUUGUAAAUGGAUCUGUAUUAAAAGAAUCAUUGAACUGUGUAAUUUAUGUCACGUGGCAAAUAAUAAAGGUUACUGAGAGCAGUCGCUCACUUGGAUCA